UUCAAACAUUCAAAAAAACAGCAUUAACACCAUGUUUGUCUCCCAUUAUACAACCUUAGGUAUAAACAAGUCAGCUACUUCCUCUGAAAUCCGCAAGGCUUAUCACAAAUUGGCGCAAACUUAUCACCCGGAUAAAAACCCUAACGGGCUUGAAAAGUUUAAGGAAAUCGUCAACGCUUAUGAUAUUCUUUCUGAUGCUGCAAAGAAGCUUGCUUACGACCAGACGAGAGAAGCGUCGUCGUUUUUUAGGGCACCCAAAGCUCCUGAAGCGCCUAAAUAUCCUCCGCCUCCACCAGCAUCCGCAGUAAAAAAGUCGGAUUUCAAUAUUCGCACUUCCACCAAGAUUUCGUUAAAGCAAGCUUACAUUGGUGUUACAGUCGAUGUUUGGUACAACAUGAGGGUGAGCUGUCAAGCUUGUCAUGGUCAAACAAAUAAGUACCAAUCAAUUAAAAUAUGCGGAGGUUGCCGUGGUACAGGCCGAAUGAACUUGUUUACAUCGGUGCCAAAUUGUCCUGACUGUGACGGAAAGGGUACUAAAGUCAGUUUAAUUAAAUGCCCCAUAUGUAAGGAAGCCACAACACGAUCAAAAUUAAGCAUCCAAAUUCCAAAGGGAGUCCGUCAUAAUCAAUCUCUCACUUACUUUAGCAAUGGUGACUAUUUGCCUGACAGAACAGCCAGAGGUGAUUUAAUCGUUCAAAUAAUUAUGGAAGACGGGGACGGUAUCUUCAAACGUCAAGGCGAUGAUUUAUAUGCAACGGUAGAAAUUACUUUGAAGGAUGCAAUGAUGGGUAUUCAACCUGGUCAUUGUAACUUAAAUCAUUUGGAUGGUCGUCCACUCCAUAUGAAACAAGCCCCAGGUAUGGUGAUUUCGCCUGGCACAAAAAUCAUACAUAAAUAUGAGGGUAUGCCGGUCUAUAUGAAACCCGACUUCAAAAAGGGAGACCUUCAUAUUACAUUCAAAGUGGUGUUCCCAACUACGAUUCAUUUACCCCAGUCACAGUAUGAUAUUGACUGUGUAAAUCGUCUCUUUGAAACGGACGCCGAACGUAGAAAGAGAGAAGAAAAUACAGCAAAAAAAGUCGAUAAAGAUCUCAGUCGGGACGAUGAAAGGGCUAAUUUACAAGAAUUAUUGUCAAAUGCAUUGAAUAUUCUCAAACUUCAAGAUCAAAACGAAAAAGGAAGCGAAGAGUGGAAAGAGAAGCAAAGAUUAGCAGAGAAAGAAAAACAAAUUAAGGAACAGAAAGAAAGAGAGAUCAAGGCAGAUCUAGAAAGACAAUUAAAAGAAGAGAAGGAACGACAUUUAAAAGAAGAAAAAGAAUGGCGAUUAAAAGCAGAGAAAGAACGACAAUCGUUAGAAGAGAAAGAAAGACGAAUCAAGGAGGAGAGAGAGCAAUACAUUAAAGCUGAACAAGAGCAAAGAGCAAGAGCUGAACAAGAGCAAAGAGCAAGAGCUGAACAAGAGCAAAGAGCAAGAGCAGAACAAGAGCAAAGUUUAAGAUCAGAACUAGAGCAACGUUUAAAAGCAGAAAGAGACCGAAGAAUAAAAGCAGAAUAUGAGCACAGAAUCAACGCUGAACAAGGGCAAAGAUUGAAAGCAAAACUCGAGCAAAAGAUCAAGGCGGAAAGAGACCUUCGACUAAAGGCAGAACGAGAGCACAGAAUAAAAGCAGAACGGGAGCAAAUAUUAAGAGCAGAACAAGAACAAAUAAUAAAGGCAGCAAAAGACCAAAUAUUAAGGGUAAAGCAAGAGCAAAGAAUAAAGGCAGAAAGAGACAAGAUAUUAAGGCAUGAACACGAGCAGCAGAUCAGAGCUGAAGUAGCGCGACAAAUAUAUGCUGAGAUAGAACGACAAAGGAGAGCAGAGGAGAAAAGAAUGAUGGAAGAAAUGGCUAGGCAUGAUUUAUGUAAACGCAAGCGUUGUAUGGAGCCUGAGUCUGAAGGGGAUGAUUACAGAAGGAAAAAAUGAAAACUUUGUUACACGCAUUAGGGCUGAUUUUUAAAUUUUAUUCACAAUACGUUUAUGUCAAAUAAACUUUACUAUUUUUCGAGCAUCACCGUGAUGGACUGAGCGAUAACCAUUAAACGGUAACACACAGUAAAAAAAGAAAAGAAAGGUAAAACGUCAUAAUGUCCUGUUACAGAAAAAUAAGCCAUAAAGUGUUUUUC